UGGCUGUGAGGCCGGGCGCCGAAGGCAGAGGGGUGGGGAUCUUGGGUGGGCUGCCUCCUCCCGCUCUGACCCGUUCCACACCCCGCGGAAAGCAGGCGCUGCCAGUUAAAUCAUUCCCCUUUCAGGAGGGAAGGGGAAUAAAGGUAACGAACCCCUUUCUGCUUAAAAAAGCAAAGGGAGAUCGUGGGCUUUGCAGCCGCUCUGUCCCACUCCUGGACCAUGCACCCUUGCAUCUUUCUGCUGGGCCACAGGCGAGGACUUGAUUUCUUGAGCUGAGAGCUAAACCUUGCUGACUUUUCUUCUCCCCAACAACUGAAUCAUGCCAUGUGCCCAGAGGAGCUGGCUUGCAAACCUUUCCCUUGUAGCUCACCUCCUUAACUUGGGGGCCCUUUGCUAUGGGAGACAAGCUCAGCCAGGCCCGGUGCACUUCCCGGACAGGAGGCAAGAGCGUUUUAUCAAGGCCCUGCCCGAAUACCACGUGGUGGCCCCCGUCCGAGUCGAUGCCAGUGGGCAUUUUCUGUCCUAUGGCUUGUACCAUCCCGUCACCGGCAACAACAGGAGGAAGAGAGACUUGGAUGGCCCAGAGGAUCGGGUGUACUAUCGGAUUUCACACGAGGAGAAGGACUUGUUUUUUAACUUGUCGGUCAAUCAGGAAUUUCUUUCCAAGAGCUAUAUCCUGGAGAGGAGGUACGGGAACCUUUCCCAUGUGAAGAUGGUGGCUUCCUCGGUACCCCCCUGCCAUUUCAGGGGCACAGUGCUGCAACAGGGCACCAGGAUCGGGACCGCGGCACUGAGUGCCUGCCAGGGACUGACUGGGUUUUUCCAUCUACCACAUGGAGACUUCUUCAUUGAGCCUGUCAAAAAGCAUCCACUGGCUGAGGGAGAGUACCACCCACACAUCAUUUAUAGGAAGCCGAGGCAGAGAGUUCCAGAGCAGGAGGAACAAACCUGCGGAUUAAACGAUGGUCUUGCCACCUCCCAGAAGCUGGAACGACAACGAGAGAAGUGGGAGAGGAACCACUGGCCCAGCAGAAGCCUGUCUCGGCGUUCCAUCAGCAAAGAGCGGUGGGUGGAGACGCUGGUGGUGGCCGACACGAAGAUGAUUGAGUAUCAUGGGAGCGACAGUGUGGAGUCCUAUAUCCUCACCAUUAUGAACAUGGUCACUGGGUUGUUCCAUAACCCAAGCAUCGGCAAUGCAGUUCACAUUGUUGUGGUUCGGCUCAUCCUACUUGAAGAAGAAGAGCAAGGAUUGAAAAUCGUUCACCAUGCUGAGAAGACACUGUCCAGCUUCUGUAAGUGGCAGAAGAGCAUCAAUCCGAAGAGUGACCUCAACCCGGCCCAUCAUGAUGUGGCUGUCCUCCUCACCAGAAAAGACAUCUGUGCCGGUGUCAAUCGCCCCUGUGAGACUUUGGGUCUGUCGCACCUGUCGGGAAUGUGCCAGCCUCACCGCAGCUGUAACAUCAAUGAAGACUCCGGACUCCCUCUGGCUUUCACAAUUGCCCAUGAGCUCGGACACAGCUUUGGCAUCCAGCACGACGGGAAAGAAAACGAUUGUGAGCCUGUGGGCAGGCACCCAUACAUCAUGUCCCGCCAGCUCCAGUACAAUCCCACCCCUCUGACGUGGUCCAAGUGCAGCAAGGAGUACAUCACCCGCUUCUUGGACCGGGGCUGGGGGUUUUGUCUCGAUGACAUCCCCCAAAAGAAAGGCUUGAAGUCCAAGGUCAUUGCUCCUGGAGUGAUCUACGAUGUUCACCAUCAAUGCCAGCUGCAGUAUGGCCCCAAUGCCACCUUCUGCCAGGAAGUAGAAAAUGUCUGCCAGACCCUGUGGUGCUCAGUGAAAGGCUUUUGUCGCUCUAAGCUGGACGCUGCUGCAGAUGGGACACGAUGUGGUGAGAAGAAGUGGUGUAUGGCUGGCAAGUGUAUCACUGUGGGGAAGAAACCGGAGAGCAUUCCUGGGGGCUGGGGCCGCUGGUCACCCUGGUCCCACUGUUCCAGGACCUGUGGGGCCGGAGCCCAGAGUGCAGAGAGGCUGUGCAACAAUCCUGAACCAAAGUUUGGCGGGAAAUACUGCACGGGGGAAAGGAAGCGCUAUCGCUUGUGCAACGUCCACCCCUGCCGUCUGGACGCGCCCACUUUCCGGCAGAUGCAGUGCAGUGAGUUUGACACCGUUCCCUACAAGAACGAAUUCUACCACUGGUUUCCAGUUUUUAAUCCAGCACAUCCUUGUGAGCUCUACUGCCGACCCAUAGAUGGCCAGUUUUCCGAGAAAAUGCUGGAUGCUGUCAUUGAUGGUACCCCUUGCUUUGAAGGUGGCAACAGCAGAAAUGUCUGUAUUAAUGGCAUAUGUAAGAGUGUCAGUCUGACAUGUGAGAAGUCCCUUCAGAGGAGACCCUUGCUGGACUCAUUAUCCACACUUGGUAGCAGCAGGAGAGCCACCUCUGGUUCUGUUGAAAGCAGAAAGACGACCGUCGGCUGUGACUACGAGAUCGGCUCCAAUGCCACGGAGGAUCGCUGCGGUGUGUGCCUUGGGGACGGCUCUGCCUGCCAGACCGUGAAGAAGAUGUUUAAGCAGAAAGAAGGAUCUGGUUAUGUUGACAUCGGCCUGAUUCCAAAAGGAGCAAGGGACAUACGGGUAAUGGAGGUUGAAGGAGCUGGAAACUUUUUGGCCAUCAGGAGUGAAGACCCCCAAAAAUAUUACCUCAAUGGAGGAUUCAUUAUCCAGUGGAAUGGGAACUACAAGCUGGCAGGGACCAUCUUCCAAUAUGACAGGAAAGGAGACCUGGAGAGACUGAUGGCCACGGGUCCCACCAAUGAGUCGGUGUGGAUCCAGCUUCUGUUCCAGGUGACUAACCCCGGCAUCAAGUACGAGUACACAAUCCGGAAAGACGGCCUUGACAAUGACGUGGGAAAACUGGGGUACUUCUGGCAGUAUGGCCGCUGGACCGAGUGCAGUGUAACAUGUGGGACAGGACACAUGUUGCUAAAUAUAAAGAUGGAAGACGGCCUGAAACUCCGAAUCAGUCAACGAUGUCGUUUAUUUUCUUUGAGUGAAAACUUUCUAUAUUUAAAAAGUAUUCGCCGCCAGACUGCCCAUUGUGUGAAGAAGGGCCACGGGACCGUGAAAGCUACAUUUUGUGACCCAGAAACACAGCCCAAUGGGAGACAGAAGAAGUGCCAUGAAAAGGACUGUCCGCCCAGGUGGUGGGCCGGGGAGUGGGAAGCGUGCUCAGCAACGUGUGGCCCCCACGGAGAGAAGAAGCGGACGGUGUUGUGCAUCCAGACCAUGGGCUCUGAUGAGCAGGCUGUCCCAGCUGAAGACUGCCAGCACCUGCUCAAGCCCAAGACCCUCACUUCCUGCAACAGAGACAUCUUGUGUCCGUCAGACUGGACCGUAGGCAACUGGAGUGAGUGUUCUGUGUCCUGCGGCGGUGGAGUGCGGAUCCGCAGCGUCACGUGUGCCAAGAACCAUGACGAACCGUGUGAUGUGACAAGGAAACCCAACAGCCGAGCUCUUUGUGGCCUCCAGCAAUGCCCAUCUAGCCGAAGAGUUCCGAAACCCCACAGAGGCACAAUUCCCAGUGGAAAAAAGCUCCCGACAGCUGCGCCGGACCCCGAGAGGCCCAUCCCUCCAACUCCAUCCAGUCCUAGAAUGCCGAGCACGCCCACAGUGCCCGAGUCUGUGAGCACAAGUGCUCAGGCAGUCAGCAGCCCCGGUCCUACCAUGGCCCCCGGACAAGGAGACCUGGAUGCAAAACGGUGGCAGAAUAGUUCACACCAAACUGAACUGGGCUCCAAUUAUGUCUUUUCCACCGGAAGUACUUCCCAGCCCAUCCUCACUUCCUGGUCUUCCAGUAUCCAGCCAAACGGCGAGACCGUUCCCAAUUCAGACGCUGGUCCUACCUCAGAGGGAGACUUCUUCACCACAACAGUGAGUGGUUCUGAUUUGCCAUCUUCCGGCAAGCCUGUGAUGUGGCAGGUGACUCCACUUUACGAUACCUUGACCAAAGAGCCAGGGAUAGAGAUUCACAGUGGCUCAGGGGAAGACGGUGAACAGUCUGAGAACAAAAAUGAAAACGACUCCAUAACAUGGACCAAAAUCAGAGUAGCUGGAAAUGAUGCUUCAGUGGUGAGAAGUACGGAACUGCCCCUCGGGCCUCCACCAACACCUUAUCUCGGGGAGACGUCCUCGUGGCCACCCUUCAGCACAGUGAUGGAAGGUCUGCUGCCCAGCCAAAUGCCUGCUACUCCCAAAAAUUAUGCCCCUGGCGCUGAGCGUAUGGUCACUGAAGAGCCGGUGAACACUCCAUUCCCUCUGGGAGGAGACCACCGGCCUGCACCAACAGAACGUUCAGUCCGCCAUAACUCUCCAGAACUUCCAAGCAACAUGAAUCUAACGCAGGGUUCCGGACCAGUCCUGACCGAGGAAGAUGCAACAAGUCUGAUCGCAGAGGGGUUUUUGCUCAAUGCUUCGGAUUACACGCAUCUCUCGACAGGCGGCAGCCCCGCAUACUGGAUUGCGGGAAACUGGAGUGAGAUCUAAUUAAUGUCCUUUGAAGCAUCAAAAUCAUUUUCACCCAUUUGAAUUUUGAAUGCACCGUCUAUGAACUUGUUAAAAUAACUUGACAACUCAGAAAGAGGACUUUGUGGAAAAGUAAUCACAUGUUCAAAGUAGUCAGCAUUUUUAUGACAAUUCAUGACUCCUCGCCCUGGCCAAAGAGAAAUGAAGCAUUUGCCGCUAAUAUGACUACAGUACGUUUAAUUUAUAAAGCAUGUUAACUUCCAGACCACUUUCGUAUCUAGCCUCUUAUUUUCUCCUUUUGACAAUCCUGAGGAGCAGGUAAGUCUCAUUUAUACCAAUUUGCUAAUAGAGAAAAUUAAAUUUUUGGCAGUCAAGUAACUUGUCUAAGGACACCACUGCCAGUUGGAUGAUGAGCCUUCCAACUCCACCCUAUUCAAUUUGUAAAAAAAUCCUUAUCUCGGAGUAAAGUGAGGUGUCCCUGUAAAUUAAACCAAAAUAAAAGCAUAUAUUAGCUCAGAUGAUCAUGGAGGCCAGAAGUUAAUUGACACAUUUUGAGUAUAGUAAACGGAGCUACCCCUGACUUAAUGCAAAUGUCAUCGUUUGUCUUUGACAGAAAUAAACUGUCUUACUGAAUGCAUCGUAGCUCACCACAAAUUUGGCAGCCAUGGUGAAGCCACUGAGAGCUGUUAACUCCAGGUAGUUUGACUCGAAAAAGGGAAUUGGUCCAGAUUGCUGUUUUUCAGAGCUGCGACGGCUAUCACGAGAACCGAGUUCAACAUUUGGCAGAAAUUCCCAGGGUUUGGUGCCUGCCCCCUUUAUACAUCCUUUGGGACAAAAUGUUUCAUACACAGAAUUGCCAGGGAGAAUCACGACUCAGAAUGAAAACUUUAGUUUUCCCACUGUCCUCUGACUUUUUUAUUCGGUCCAUUUCUGAAGCUGUUUCUGUAGGACGGCCUCUCGAUCACCCCAUUGACAUCAGUCUUCCCCAAGCCCCCCUGAAAAUCUGAACAGUUUUUCAAGUCAGUGUCACCUCAUCAUCUAUGUCAUCUCCUCUUCAUUGCCUGUGAGUUUGGGGCCAGUGGUUUCCACUCUAAUGGUGGGAGGCACUUGGAGAAGAGUGGGGUGCUUUUGUUUGUUCCGGGGAUGGGGGGGAAGGGGCUACUACCCACAUUCAAUAUCUGAGAGCCAAAGAUGAUAAAACCCUGCAACAUUCAGGAAGGUCCCUUAUAAGGAGGAAUUGUCCAGUCCACGAUUCCAGCAGCGGACCAGGAGUCAAUUACUGCUCUCUGCUCCUCGCUGGUCUGCAUACCCCCCGUCUCUCCCCUCGACAGCGCUUUCCACACAUCAUCACGAGAGACGUGAGACUGCCAAAUUAGUCUUCGGAAGGAAUUUGCUAAUCGUUCCAAACUCCUGCUCACAAAUCUUUCCUGUCUCGUCAUUAUUCAGAUAAAUUGACUCUGACAGUCCAACAGCCUUUAGAGCGUUACAUAACCCCCGCUCUGCCUCACCAUCCCUAGCUGCAGCAGAGUGAAACUGCUCCGUCUUCCCUAAGCCUCCUGCCCUGCUCAGUCUGUUUACAGUGUUCCCUCUGCCUUGAUUUUCCUUCUGCUCCUCUGCCCUUGUGAAUCCCCCCACUCUCUGUUCCUCAGGACCAGACCUUGAGCUGCUUCUUCCAGAAAGCCUCUCCUGCUCCUUAAGAUCGGAAGUAAUUUCUCAAGCUCCUUAUCAUCUGACCCAAAAUCGCUCUCACCAUGUCCUCCCACAUUCUGUGCUGUGUGGAAGGGCUGUUCCUGCUCCGCAUGGUCUACAACAUGUUCCUCGGAUUGUGACUUCAAAAAUCAAAGAAUGGAUGUAAAGACCAAGUUAACACUAUAAAAACAUAUAAAGCCUGAAGGCAGCCUUUCUGGACUGGAAUCCUGACUAGGCCACUUACUGUGUCCUCACAUACUUAGGUUACUCAUCUAUGUAACGAGGACAGUGACAAUGCCCGACUCAAAGAUCAUUAGGGGGUAAAAGGAGGAACUAUGUGUAAGGUACUCUGAGACUAUGGGGCACACAGGAAGCACCCAGUAAUUUAUUUGCUCUGAUAUGUGUUGACAAAACAGAAAACCUAGGCGCUAUGCAGGGUGCAUGGUGUGGCUUUUACGUGGUCAGAAAACCGUGUCCACGGAACUGCCCCAUCAGCCGGUCAGAUCUCCCGGGCCGGUCAGUUAACACGUCAGCUGUGCGGUUGUAUACACCAACGAGAAGGAAUGAUUUUCCAGUGCCAUUCACAGCAGUUCUCACGUGAUGCCGAUGCAGCCCUCCUUAUUAGCUCCAGUUCUGAACAUUCCGACACCUGCUCCUUGACCGAGAACAUCAGUGGUCACAGGGCCACUAGCUGUAACGAGGAUGAAGGUUUCCAGGACAAAGUGAAGUCCCCCCCCCUCCUCAGUGUCCUCCUUCCUUGUCUGAUACCCCAUUCCCAGUUUGAAACCAAUACAAGUGCAGUUGAUGGAACCCCAUCUCACUUUUACUGUGUUCCACGCUCCCCCCCGCCCCCGCCCCAUCAGCUUUCCCUUUUUGCUGUUGCUGGCUGCCUCCGUAGAAACUGUCGAAAAUUAAAUGUCUGCUCACCGGCUCUGAAUCUGGCAGGACUAAAGUCAGAGCCCCAGAGACAACACGCAUUCAUUUGCCACACAAAUAUGGUACAAAGAAUCAUAGACAUCGCUUGAGACUUACCAGGUUAUCAUUAACCUGGGAAUUCCGUCUCACUAGGUCCUUUCCUGGGGUUGGGCAAAUAUAUUUUUCUCUCUGUCAUAAUACGAACUUAACAACAGACGAUGUGGCCUUGAACGUGGCUUCUGUCUCUCAGCCUCAGAUAUCUGGAAAGUGGGACUCACAGUGCUGACCUCACAGCUGCGUGUGUUUAAUAGGUAACACUUGUAGAAUCCUGACCAUGUGCAUGAAUCUCUGUGGCCCUAAUGUUAUCACCAGUUUUACUGGCUAGGGUGCUAGGAAACUGCAAAAGAUCACACGAUUAGCCAACUGCAGAACUUUCAUUGUACCCCGAGUCUCAGAGGCUAGAGAAAAUGUAGGAAAGAUACCUAUUCCGUACUUGUGUCAGUUGCCUAUCGCUACAAUAAUGCCAGAUGACAAGCCCCCACAAAAACGCAGAGUUUUGUUCACGAGUCUGUGGGUCAGCUGGGAGUUUCUGCUGAUCGGGGCCGAGCUCAGCGGAUCUCAGCCUCACUUGCCAAGCACCCGCUGGAGGGUCAGCUGCAGGCUGGCUGGUCUCCGGUGACCUCAGCUGGGUCCCCCCGUUCUAUUGCACAUGAGCUCUCAUCCUCCAGCAGGCUAGCCCGGUUUCAUUCUCAUGGCAGAGCGAGGGGCCCAAGACAGAGAAUUGAAACUAGCAAGUCCUCUUGAGAACUGGCACAUCACCCACUGCAUUUUAUUGGCCCAAGAAAGUCACAGGAACAGCCUUGCUGCAAGAGCUGGGGGAAUAUAUCCCACGCUUGCCGAGAAGAGCUGCCAAGUCCCGUUGCCGAGAGAGAGCAUGGCGUGCCCCGUGUGGGCCACCAGUGCCAUCACCCUAUGACAGCAGUCCGUGCUCUUCAGCAGUUCCAUCUCUGUCACACAUCUGCAUGAUGCAGCACAAUGCAGAAAGUGCUAGGGACUUAGGUAUAAGCCAAAUCCUAAAGAACUUGAAGCCGGAGGGGACCUUUCCUCUGUAAAUGAGCUAGUUGGAAACAUGAUGACCUCGGCAGGGUUCUACUCCUCCCUUUCUAUGGUUCUGUAGUAGAGUCCUCCACCUAGAGCCACACCUGUGUCCAACAUAAGAGCUUGCACAACGUGACACACGAAAUUAUACGGAGGAUGAAAUAGCAGCAAGAGAAGCGUAUGGCUGGUUUUUAUUUACAACUCAGCAAAAGGAGCUUUCAAAGAUGUCCCAGAUGGAACUAACACACUUUUCUAAGUCCAGAGCUGUGUUUUACAUGUGUACAAAGAGCCCCCCUUCUGAGGAGGAGCGGGGGAGAAGGGAUGCAAGAAGAAUCAGCUGUAUGGAAGAAUGAAGCACAUAGAAUGAAGGAAAUUGGGGGAGUGGUUUUCAAGGUAACCCCAAUACUAAACCUGAGGUAUUCAAGAAUUCCAAAUAAAGAACAACAUCAUGUGGGGAAUGGGCUGUGCAGUACCAGCCGGGCAAGUGGGGAAAAGCACCAUGUUGUAACAUCUGUGCAACCCCCAAGCACGGUCUGAGGUCCCAGGUGUCGGCAGCACCUGGGAGCCGUGAGAGAUGCGCCAUCUCCCCGCCCAGACCUGCUGAUUCAGGCCUGCAUUUAGCACGGUGCCCGCGGGAUUGUGGAUGCCGAAGUUCGACAGGAACUGCUCUAACGGCUGGGGUACGGCAUUUUGGAGGCAGAGAGCCCCAGGCUUACUCCUUGGUCAAGCCAGCUCUCCAGGCCUCAUGGGGUUUUUUCUGCAAUGUGGUAAUACCAGCCUACCCACAGGUUUGUCAUGGAGAGGAGGAAGGGACAUAAGGUCAUUGCAGUGUUCUAACAGGCAGAUGCAUGGAGCUGACACCCCCUACAGAUUGACAGCACCGAUGUGAAAUGCGGCAGGCAGUCUGCCUGCAGCCCCCAGACAGUCCUGCCACGAUGGGCUUUUAAGACAAGCAAAGUUCCCCUUGCAUCGGCUUUUCUUCUCAGGUGCUCAUCAGGGAUUCUCACCGCUGGCUGUUUAUUAGAAUCACCUGGGGCAUUUCUUUUCUACUGAAGCCCACCCAGGCCCCACCCAGGGAGAUUCAGAUUAAUUUGUCUGGGGCGGGACCCCAGCGCUAGUAGUUUUGUAAAAAGCUCUGCGGGCGAUUAGGUGAGACUCCAAGGCAGAGAAGUCCUGACUGCAGGGUGUGGCGGGGAUGUCUGAGAAAGUGGCCCU